AUGGAGAAGCUGAACAGUGAAGAUGGCCAGCUUUUCAUCAAGAACCUCGCAAGUUUCGUACGAACGCAUGAGAAGGCAUUGGCGAACGCUCUGCAGCUGAAACGCCAACCUGCCAAAAAUGUGCAAACCACACACCCUCAAGCCGGCUCGGCCGCGAGCUCGGCUUCAUCCACCCUGGCAGCUGCGCUUUCGUUCGGUGCUUUAAAGUUCGCCUCGCAGAGCGUCAAGCCUGCCAAACUCACCCUCACCCCUCAUCAUCUCUUCUACCUCCUCUCCUGCUUCGAAGAACUUUCCAUUGCUGUGGGACCCUUGAAUGUUAGACUGGAAAACAUCCAUACAGACAUCUCGCAGUCUUACGUCUCAUUCUUGAAUAAGCCCCAGCGAUCCCGGGGGGAUCGAGAUUCGAUCCACUCCGUAUCCAGUGUCCGUAGUGUUAUGUCUGGUAUGAGUUCGCUUUGGUCCUCAUUUGGUUUGGUAUCCAAAGACCCCGUCUCCAGGUCAGAAAAGGCCAAGGCGGCUCUAGAGGCGGAUACCAAGUACCUAUACUCUGCUUUUACCAAGAUUCCUUGCCUACGGCUAGCCCCUGAUCGUCGUGCCCGUUUGAUUCGCGGGUAUGAAGAGUUCCCAUUUGACACUGCAGUGCCCCUCCACUCCUUCAAGAACUUGAGCGCUUUAGAGAUUAUCGAUAUAGACUUCCGAUCCUUUUUCGGUUGGGACAGACUGUCAGAGCAACUGCGGACAUUGACGAUCAAGCGGGCAAACAUCGAUGAUCCUGCCGAGUUACUCACUGGGAUCGUACUGGAUGACAUCGACAAACGACGCCGCCGAUCAACCAGAAACCAUAACAAUGGGCCGAUGAUGGGCUGGAGCCAAUCUGUGCACCCUCGACCUGUCAACAACAAAUCUCACACACCGGGGUCCCUUUCGGCGCCAGGAUCACCGGUCGCCGAUACGGCUUUCGGAACGAGUACAAGUCCUCAAGCAGCCUCGAUGGUUCGGAUGGCGUCGGAAGGUUCGAAAAGCCGCCAUCGAACUGGAAGUAUCUCUCCUUCGCGCCCAACGAGCUCCAAACACUCGUCCUACCGCCAUAAUCGGGGGACUGCCUCACGCAUUCGACGCACCGGCUCCGGCAGCUCAAACUCCAGCGACACCUCGGGACACCGCAACGGAAGCUCCUCCAAUCUACUGGCUGGGGUACUCCCCGCUUCUAAAUGGAGGUUCCUGCGUCAUCUUGGGCUUCCCGAUAAUUCCUUGACUAGCAUCUCUGCUGCCGGUCUUACGCCUGUAGCUAACACACUUCAUUCGCUCGACAUUUCGGCCAACCUGUUUACUGAAGUCCCCGAUAGUUUAUCGACCCUUGUUGCUUUACGCGCUUUGAACCUUUCGCAUUGCAUGAUAGAAUCUCUCCACUCGCUGUCCCGCAAUCCUCUUCCCGCCAUCACCGCCCUCAACCUUCGUGGCAAUCGUCUUCGCUCUCUCGCGGGCAUUGAGAGAUUGCUCUCCUUGGAGCGGUUGGAUCUUCGCGAUAACAACCUCUCCGAUCCGACAGAGAUCGCCAGGCUCACAAACCUCCCUGAGAUACGGGAGAUCUGGGUAUCGGGUAAUCCGUUUGUCAAGACGCAUCCUAAUUACCGCGUGAUCAUCUUCAAUCUUUUCCGCCGUACUCCCGGGUACUCGGAAGACAUCAUCAUUGAUGGUUCCGGGCCCGGAUACACGGAACGGAAACAGCUGGUGGAGCGAGCUGCGGAACCCGAAGCUGCACCUGUCAUACGAUCGGCUGCGGCUGAUCUCUCAGCCGUGGUCAGCAAACCAUCAUCCAACACCAUCAACCAGACAGCCCCGUUGCUUCACGAACAGGGGCGACCCACUGGUCGUGUGUUCCAGGGUGAAGUCGAGGUGGGGUCGACGCGUCGCAAAAAGGGAACUCGGCGGAGGAUCAUCGAUCGACCGCAGGAGACACCCUCCACUGAUGGUAAUGAUACUCCAGGUGCAGUGGUGCCUUCUACUCUUCCUGUUCACCAUGUCCAAUCACUUGAAGACCCGUUUAUCUCGCCGUCUUUCGACCGUCAAUGGAAAUCUGAUGGUGGACCCCAGGCCAGACCUCCCAACCCUAAGAACUCCAGUAAUUUCGACCAUGAACAAACACAAUCCAUUGGUCAAACCGAAGAGCGUCCUACACCUCAGCGAGCACUACAGAGCAUAGGCUGGAGUAUGGAUGAGGAUUUUUACCGACGGGAAUUGGAUGCUCUCCGGCAGGAACUGGGCAACACGUGGCUUGCGCAACUCGGUGACCGGGGCUGGAAACACAGUCCAACUGAUGUUACUGUGCCCCGCACAGGGACUGAUUUUACCGAAGCGACCAGAAUGCCGGCCGAUUCCCUGACCAGGGUGAGCCCACCGGUCAUACUAAGUGGAGGACAUGCUCUGAGUUGA